GAUUCCGCCUGAAGCCUCACGAGCGACGAGCCAGAGAGGUCACGUGAUCAGUCAGCUGGUCUUCAGCACAUCCGCCUGACCCAGCUGCUGUUUACAAAUCAGCGGGCAGUCCCCCGCAACAGCAGAAUGAGGAGUCCUGCGUGACCUGAACAGAGUCAUUAUUUUUUUCUGAGUCUUGGCAGAGAAGAAGAGGUUGUGACAUUCCUCUCCGGUCGCCCGUUACGUUCUACAGAUCCAGCUGGCUCGCGGCCAUGCAGCAUCCCAAUUUUGAGACCCGCCACCCGCUCCAGACGGACGAGCACCAGGAGACGGGCUUUGACCCGCUCAAUAACUUCAACAGGAACCGCAGCAGAGGCUCUCUUGACAGCAGCACUUACUCACAGUCUCAGUCGACCUUCCUCUCGUACAGGAAAGAAUGGGACGACCUGUUCCUCAACAGUAAUUACCUGGCCAGGGUCCGGCAGGCGGGCAUCAACGGUCGACUGCGGAGCAGCCGCUUUCGGAGCGUGUGCUGGAAGUUGUACCUCGAGGCUCUUCCAGAAGAAAGGAGCCAGUGGAUCAACAAGACCAAAGAGCACCGGGCCCAUUAUGAGAAGAUCAAAGAGACGCACAUCACUAACCCUCGCAAAGCAGGCCAGCAGGACCUAGUUGUCAACAACCCGCUGUCACAGGAUGAGGGGAGCCUGUGGAACAGGUUUUUUCAAGACAAAGAGCUGAAGGGGAUGAUCAAGCAGGACGUGUUGAGAACGUUCCCAGAGAUCCGUUACUUCCAGGACGACGAUGUGAGGACAAAGCUGACGGACAUUCUCUUCUGUUAUGCCAGAGAAAAUGAACAGUUGCUGUAUAAGCAGGGGAUGCACGAGUUGCUAGCUCCCAUAGUGUUUGUGCUGCACUGUGACCAUCAAGCCUUCCAGCACGCCAGCGAGACGGCGAGCCCCAGUGAGGAGAUGAAGUGUCUGUUGAACCCGGAGUAUCUUGAGCACGACGCCUACGCCUUGUUCUCUCACCUGAUGGAGACAGCAGAGCCGUGGUUCUCCAGCUACGAGAGGGAAGUGAGGAAGGGUAAGGACGAGAUGCUGACCAGCAUCCCGUUCGCACGGCCCCAGGACUCGGGGCCAUCUGUUGCCAUAGUGACCAAGGUGAACCGCAUCCAGGACCAGCUGGUGAAGAAGAACGACAUCGAACUGCACAUGCACCUCAACCGACUGGAGAUAGCCCCGCAGAUUUAUGGCAUCCGGUGGGUGCGACUGUUGUUCGGCCGCGAGUUCCCGCUCCAGGACCUGCUGGUGGUGUGGGACGCCCUCUUCGCCGACAGCAUCACCCUGGACCUGGUCGACUACUGCUUUGUGGCUAUGCUGCUCUACAUCCGAGACGCUCUCAUUGCUAGUAACUUCCAGACCUGCCUGGGCCUGCUAAUGCACUACCCUCCAUUAGGAGACAUCAACUCUCUGCUUCAAAAGGCUCUUUUCCUUCGAGAUCCCAAAAACUAUCCGCGACCCGUCAACUACCAGUUCCAGCAGAACCUGGAUUACUACAAAACAAGGGGAGCGGACUUGAUGAACAAGACACGCUCUGGUCCCAGUACCAAAGUGGCCCCGCUCAACAUCAACAAGGUCUCCAGCAGCCUGCUGAACUUCGGCAGGAAGCUCAUCGCUCCGGCCAUAUCGGGCGGCUCCGGCGGCGUUUCGCCGAUCAACAGCGAGGUGCACUCCUCCUCUUCCUCCUCCUCGUCGACCUCCCCCGCAUCGGCGCCGGCGCCCGCCCCGUCCCACCCGCUGGCUGAGGCCCCGUCGGGGCAGGCCCCCCCGCAGACCCAGACCCAGAGCCAGAGCCACGCCCAGACUCAGCACUACCGCCUGCUCAAGUCAGAGAGCAUGCCCGUCCACCUGAGUAAAGGUCAAAGCUCCAGGGCGGUUAGCUCCUCUCCCAGCAUAGAAAGCCUCUCUGGUGGGCGGCCUCCAUCCGCCGCUUCUCCGCCUCUCCCCCCCUUGAGAGGGAGUGAUGCGAGCACUUCAUCUCCACCCCUCUCCGCCACCAAGAAAGAGUCCUUCUUCAACAUCACUCGCUCUCGCUCCCACAGCAAGAGCAUGGGCAAGAAGGAGCCGGAGGAGGACCUGGAAGGCCAGGUGUCAUUCCUGCAGGGCCAGAUCAACGACCUGGAGGCAAUGAGCAAAUACUGUGCCAGGAUGAUGAACGCUCACAUCUGUAAUAUCCAAGAAGUGAUUCUCCAAGAACACCUGCAGAAAGAGGACGAGGUCCUGGUGUCCCUGGCUGGACUCAAACAGAUCAAAGACAUCCUCAAGGGAGCGCUUCGCUUCAACCAAAGCCAGCUGGAGGCCGAGGAGAACGAGGCGAUCGCCAUCGCUGAAGAUCACUACACCUCCACAGCAGCCGCUGAGUCCGCUCUGAGCGCCAGCAACCUCCGCCGUGACCACCGGCUCCGCCUGCAGCAAGCAAACAGCAGGCGGAGCCGGGACUCCGAUCUGGACGGGAGGAUUGGGAGCACAGAUGAGAAGCAAGAUGAGCAUCAGCAGGGGGAGGAGCAGCAGCAGCAGGAGGAGGAGCAGGAGCAGGAGGAGGAGGAUGAGGAGGAGCAGCAGCAGCAGGAGGAGAUGGCUCCACCUGAGCAACAGGUGGCGUCUUGCCUCGGCUCCGAGGGAAAGAGCUGGAACGACUACAUCCUCGUGUGUCAGGACGGAGACGCGGGAGGGAAGGCCGAGCGCACCGCUCCAAUCGGACGAGGGCUCGGCCUGGUGCGGACGGCGCCCGAGGGCGCGGCCGCGACCUUCCGCGACCCCCUGAUGGCCGGCGCCGCCUCGGGCUCUUCCAGCCCGGACGAGGGCUCCACCCACAGCAAGGACUCCGACUUCACCAUCGUGAACCCGAAUGACCUGUGAAUCCCGUCCCCAGGACGUGACUUCAAAUGAACUGACAUGGGGGGAGGGAGGGGGGGGCUUAGAGGGUGGGAUCUGCCGUUUUUAGGCUUAAAGUAAAAAUUGCACAUUUGAACCCGUGGCGCUUCCACUCCCGUGAACACCUUCCGCGCUCUGUCCCUUUUAACCCGUCUUCUGUGCCACUCCAGCCCUGUCCCAGCUGGUGCCGUACGCUGUCCCAUCCAGCGAAUUCCCCUCACUUUGAUUUGUGUCGCGUCCAGUCCCUCGUGGUGUGUAACUGUAGCGCCCUGCACUACCGGGGGGGGCAACGAGCUGCAUCGAAUGUCAAAUGAACGCUCUGUUGGACCUCAAACCUGCAAUUUCUCUCUCUCUCUCUCUCCUCCCUGACAUUACUGUAAUCAUUGGGAGGGUGAUGCUUCCGAUUCUUCUGAAUGUGGAGGUCUGGCCAUACCUCUGCCUGUCUCUGUGUACGUCUCUAUCCUGACAGAGGACGCUGUCUCCUCUGCUACUCAAAGCUCCUCCUCUCCCCAAACCAGUGCCUCUGACCGUUAUUUGUCUCUCAACCAACCAAACAAAACCUAAGUCUGUGAUCUUAUUCUUUUUGUUAGGUUCCUUUUUUAUAUUAUUUCUAGGACAGCCUUUUAACCCUUUAGUUUAAUAUCCUUGAUGAAAAUGAUUAAAUGAUGCCGUGUCUUUGUUCCCUUUUUGGGUUUUUUAAAUUGACUCCCAUGUGGACAUUUUAAUGUUAUAACUGAGUUGUUUUUGUGUCCUGUGGAAAACCGCAAAGAAUGUCCCCUGCAGCUGCUCACCAUGCAUAAUUUACUCGAGACCAAUAAAACUCAAUAUCUCUUAAUACAAACCUGUUUUGGGAAUGCUGCUCUGAACUUGUCAACGUGAACUCGUUUGUGUGAACAUAUCCGUUUGCACCGUUUACAGUACGUUUGUCAACGGGAAAGUGU